AAACCAUUUCACACAUUAAACCUAUUUGACGUUCAGAGCAGACUCUGGUGCGGAUAUCUGUGGCGUGUUGGAGCCUGAAGCGGCCGUGUUUAACGCGGUGGGAGCGAAGAGAAGAGCGCGACAGCGACACGGCCGGAGCUGCGGAGAGCGAGCGAACAGCAGCAGAAAACAAACCCUCCAGCUCCUGCUGACAUUUUACAUCCAGACACAGCGGCUCAGAACGGUGAAUUAACGCGGUGAGAUGCCGGGGAUGAUGGAUAAAGGCUCGGAGUAUCUGGGGAAAGGUCGUUCAAACGGCACCAAGAGUCCGUCCAACGCUUCUAACGGACAUUUUUCUGACGAGAGCGGCAGCGACGACGAACACGAUGUGGGGAUGCGGGUCGGAGCGGAUUACCAGGCCAACAUUCCCGAGUUCGAGCCCGGUUCCACGAAGUACUCGGACAAAGACAGCGGCGGGAUGCUGGUCUGGUCUCCGUACCACACCAUCGUGGACUCCAAGCUGGACGAAUACAUCGCCAUAGCCAAAGAGAAGCACGGAUACAACGUGGAGCAGGCGCUCGGCAUGCUCUUCUGGCACAAACACAACAUCGAGAGGUCUCUGGCCGACCUGCCGAACUUCACCCCGUUUCCUGACGAGUGGACGGUGGAGGACAAGGUGCUGUUCGAACAGGCCUUCAGCUUCCACGGCAAGAGCUUCCACCGCAUCCAGCAGAUGUUACCGGACAAAUCCAUCUCCAGCCUGGUGAAGUACUACUACUCCUGGAAGAAGACCCGGUCCAGAACGAGUCUGAUGGACCGACAGGCUCGCAAACUGGCCAACAGGAGCAACCAGGACGACAGUGAUGAAGAGAUGGAGGAGGCCAAUCCCAUUGAAGCGCACGACAGCGACUACGACCCCAACAAGGAAACCAAGAAAGAGCCGAACCAGGUGGAGCCGGUGGUACCGGGCUCCAAGGUGGCUUUGGGUCGGCGGGAGCACCAGACCCUGCAGCACCGACACCACCAGCGAUCCCGCUGCCGCCCCCCCAAAGGCAUGUACCUGACCCAGGAGGACGUGGUGGCCGUGUCCUGCAGCGCCUCGGCCGCCAACACCCUCCUCCGUCAGCUGGACAUGGAGCUGGUGUCCCUCAAGAGACAGGUAGGAGGCUGCCCUCCUCCUCCUCCUCCUCCCGAAUGUUCAGGGCCAAACCUCAGGAUCAGACAGAAUGUCCAGAACGCCAAACAGAUGAACAGCGGGCUGAAACACGUUGUGGAGUCUGGGAUUGAAGAGUUCAGGCUGCCGGAGAGUAACCAGAAGGUGAACGCCCGCUGGACCACAGACGAGCAGCUGCUGGCCGUUCAAGGUGUCAGGAAGUACGGGAAAGACUUCCAGGCCAUCGCUGACGUCAUCGGGAACAAGACGGUGGGCCAGGUGAAGAACUUCUUCGUGAACUACCGGCGGCGGUUCAACCUGGACGAGGUGCUGCAGGAGUGGGAGGCGGAGCAGGGGACGCAAGCUCCCAACGGAGACAGCGCCACCUCUGGAGAGGAGGGGAAGAACAGCUCGGCCACUCCGUCGGGGAAGAGCACAGACGAGGAGGACGAAGAGGGUCAGGUGACCUCUUCAGGCGUGUCUCCUGCCGCCUCCUCUUCUUCUUCAGCUCAGAUCCUGGUGACGUCCGGCACCUCCUCCGCCUCCCUCCACCAGCCGCCUCCCCUCCUGCGGCCCUCUCUCCCAGCCACGCCCUCCUUGCACCGCCAGCCCCCGCCCCUCCAACAGCAGGCCCGGUUUCUGCAGCCCCGCCCCACCUUGCAGCAGCCCCCGCCUCUCAUCCGCCCCUCAAACACCCUGCCCCCUCGCCUUAACCCACGCCCUCCGGCUCCAAUGACCCUCUGCGGUAACCCCGGGGGUUCCGGUCCAAGCUCCGCCCAGCAGCCCCCCGGGCUGGCCGUCCACCAAUCGGAGACGGCUUCAUCCUCCUCCAUCCACUAACGAACGUUUCUGUUGAAGACGCAGAAAAAAGAAAAUGUCUGCAAGGCUGCUGCGUUCAGGUCCUGUGGGAAAAUCUGAGUGACUUUAUUCUUCAAAACGACGACAGCCGUCGCAGCUUCAGGUUACGACACGAAAUCCAAACCUGAGUGUUUGUUAUUUGGUGCACAGCAUUUUAGGGGUUGAAGUUUGUCUUUCCCACAGGACUUAGCGUGCAGUGCACCUGCUGGUGGACACCUGGUUUUAAAAUCUGUGUUUUCUAAAAAAGGGUUUGACUCAGAAGUCGUGUCAGUCUUUAGGAAUCUGUCACAUUAUUAACGCAGAACCUUUUCAGCCAACAACCAAUCCUCUUCAGACAUGUGGCGUCCCUCAGGGUUCAAUCCCGGGUCCCUUCUUCUUCUCCAUCACAUGUAUAUAAAUGCAUCAACAGAAACAGCAGCACUUGGAAAACAUUUUCAACACCCUUGAUUUAGUCGCUCUCAGUAGCAGCCUAAGUGAUGCUAAAGGCUGAUGUUGAAUUAUUAUCAACUGCUAAAUUAAUUUCUUACAAUAAGAAACGUAACAUUUGUAUUGAUUUCUUUUAUCCUCCCGGAGUUCACUACAUUUACACUACAUGUCUCUGCUGACAUGUCGUUAAUCGGUCGGUCCAGCUGUAGUUUCUACUCAAACAGGAGGAAAUGUUGUUGUUGUUGGGGACAGCGAUGGAGCUCUGGUGCUCAGAGGAGGAAGGUUUCAUCUGCACAAAAUGAAAGUCAUACUUCAGUGCUGUGCUACUAAGACAGCAUUGUUUAUUUAAAUGAUUAUACCAAGUUACAGGGAACCCGCAAUGUCGUGGUAACCGAUAGUAAAUAAGCUUUCUGACAGUCGUGAUGUUUCAGUAACAGAUGGAGAUUAAACUGAAGGCUUCAGUGUUGUGUACAGUAGCGUUAGACAUCACCUUGUACAGUUUGGUAUCUGUUUGAAUAGAGAGCCUAACUUCCGCCCCUUGGGACCUUAUUUCAGAAAAACGAUGUACGGUAGGCAACAAUGAGACACCACUAAUGUUUAGAUCCCGUUUGAAUUGUGUCCCGAAUUACACACGAUGUUUGUCUGUUUAAAAGAUCACUUAGGUCAAGAAAGUUGCAGUUUGUCUUAAAACAGUAAAGUAACAUUUAGAUUUGCGUGAAACGGUUUAAUAAACUACAUCUCUCGUCUCUCACAAUAUAAGUCAGCAACAUGUUGGUGCCGUAAUGCUAAGCUAACGUUCACGGCUUGCUUAUUACUUGCUAGGUAACUUAGCUAUGUUCCACGCAGAGAUGGAUCGCACCUGAUGUGUUUAAUCCUACGACACCUGGUCCUUUCAUCACAUCACCUACACAUGGUAAUGUUAGCUUCAGUAACGUUAGCUUCAGUCACGUUAGCUAGAGUAAUGUUAGCUUUAGUGACGUUAGCUUCGGUGAAAUUAGCUUCAGUGACGUUAGCUUCAGUCAUUGAGAGAAAGUUCUUUUCAGUCUUAUAUUUCAACAGUUUUAUGAGAAACUGCGACUUUCUUCUCUUAAAUGAUCUUUUAAACAGACAAACAUCAUGUGUGUAAUUCAGGACACAUUUCAAACUGGAUCUGAACAUUAGUCUUCUCACCGUUGACUAACCUACAUAUUUAUUCUGAAAUAAGGUCCCAUGGCGGUCCCCCAACAGGGGCGGGGCUUAGGCUCUGUGUAAGCAGUUGUCCAUCCAAUCAGCUGUCAGUAACUAACUCUGUGCUGCUGUCCAUUUGGUUUUGUAGUUGAUGCUUUUUGAAAACACUAAAGUUUCACCCAGACGUCCUUCAGUGUGUUAACUCCAUGUUUUCUGUAGAAAUGUGAAAAACGUUCCCCGCUGUUCUUUGAACUGUUCUGUUGUUGGGGUGAAUUUUCCCAGAGUUGCUGUUGUUUUGUUCCACAUGUUGAAGAUUCGUUUUGAAACUAAAAACCUGUGAUGUCGGUCUGUCUUUUCAUUAUUUAUUCUUCUUCUUCCUGGUGCUACCAGUCCGGUGUAAAAAAUCAUUGUGAAAGUGCUCUUAAUGCUUUUUGGACAAACAUGUAUUAUUACGGCAGUAAAUGUAUUGAAAUCAUAGAGUCCUUUGAGUUUCAGUCGUUAGAUGUUGAGGUGAAGCUGCAGAGACCUUCUCAUUAAAAAAAAAUACAUUUGUA